AUGAGUGUAUUCAUUGCAAAUAAUUAUUCUUUCAGGUAUAUCAAACUGCAGAAUGGCUUAUGUGCACUUUUGAUUUCGGAUUUGAAUUAUUUGGAUGGUGCCCCAGCUGCUUUAUCUUCAGAGGAGGAGGAGGAGGAGGACGACGACAACGAUGAUGAUGAUGAUGAAUCUGAAGAGGAAAGUGAUGAAGAUGAUGACUCUGGAGCUGAGAUUGAAGAUGGUAGAGAAGGUUUUGAUGAUGAGGACUGUGAUGAUGAGGAGGAAGGUGAGGAUGACGAUGGAGAUAAUGAUGAUUUCAAUGAUCCUGAUGACAGUGAAUUAGAAGAGCUAGCUGAAAAGGAAGAGACAAGAAAGAGAGGCUGUACAGAAAAGCAGUCUGCAGCAGCCCUGUGCGUUGCUGUUGGCAGCUUCUCUGAUCCCGAAGAUUUGCCUGGAUUAGCACACUUCCUGGAACAUAUGGUUUUUAUGGGCAGUUUGAAGUACCCAGAUGAGAAUGGGUUUGAUGCAUUUCUGAAGAAACAUGGGGGCAGCGACAAUGCUUCGACUGACUGCGAGCGGACUGUCUUCCAGUUUGAUGUGCAGAGGAAGUACUUCAAAGAAGCGCUUGAUAGGUGGGCACAAUUCUUCAUUCACCCGCUAAUGAUCAGGGAUGCAAUAGACCGAGAAGUUGAGGCUGUAGACAGCGAGUAUCAGCUAGCAAGACCCUCUGAUGCAAACAGGAAGGAGAUGCUAUUUGGGAGUCUUGCCAGGCCUGGACAUCCUAUGAAGAAAUUUUUCUGGGGUAAUGCGGAUACACUCAAGCAUGAGCCCAAAAUGAAUAAUAUUGAUACCUACACCAGACUGAGGGACUUCUGGCAGCGCCAUUACUCUGCUCACUAUAUGACUUUAGUUGUCCAAUCUAAAGAAACACUGGAUACAUUGGAAAAGUGGGUGACAGAAAUCUUCUCUGAGAUCCCAAAUAAUGGCUUACCCAAACCCAGCUUUGGCCAUCUGACUCAGCCUUUUGACACACCAGAAUUUCACAAGCUUUACAGAGUUGUUCCAAUCAGGAAAGUUCAUUCACUGAGUAUCACUUGGGCGCUUCCUCCACAAGAACAGUAUUACAGGGUGAAGCCUCUUCACUAUAUUUCCUGGUUGGUGGGACAUGAAGGCAAAGGCAGUGUUCUUUCUUUCCUAAGGAAAAAAUUUUGGGCUCUUGCAUUAUAUGGAGGAAAUGGUGAGACAGGAUUUGAGCAGAACUCUACUUACUCCAUCUUCAGCAUUUCUGUGACUUUGACCGAUGAAGGUUACAAGCACUUCUAUGAGGUGGCCCAUGUUGUAUUUCAGUAUGUGAAGAUGCUGCAGAAAAGAGGGCCAGAAAAAAGAAUAUGGGAAGAAAUCCAGAAGAUUGAAGCUAAUGAAUUUCACUACCAGGAACAGACAGAUCCAGUUGAUUAUGUGGAAAGCCUUUGUGAGAACAUGCAGUUGUUUCAGAAGGAGGAUUUUCUGACAGGAGACCAACUCUUGUUUGAAUAUAAGCCUGAGAUCAUUGCUGAUGCCCUUAACCAGCUCAGUCCUCAGAGAGCCAACCUCGUUUUGCUGUCUGCUGCCAAUGAAGGCCAGUGUCAUCUAAAAGAGAGGUGGUUUGGAACACAAUACAGCGUGGAAGAUAUUGACAAGUACUGGAGUGAUUUAUGGGCCAGUGACUUUGAGUUAAAUCCAGAUUUACACCUUCCAGAAGAAAACAAAUAUAUAGCCACUGACUUUGCUUUGAAAGUUGCCGACUGCCCCGAGACAGAAUAUCCAGUCAAAACACUAAGCACACAACAAGGCUGUCUCUGGUACAGGAAGGAUGAUAAAUUCAAAAUUCCAAAAGGUUAUGUUCGAUUUCAUCUGAUUUCUCCAUUGAUACAACAGUCUGCAGAGAACAUAGUUUUGUUUGAUACAUUUGUAAACAUCCUUACCCACAAUCUUGGUGAACCAGCGUAUGAAGCGGACGUUGCUCAGUUGGAAUACAAGCUAGUAGCUGGAGAGCAUGGCUUAGUCAUUCGAGUCAAAGGAUUCAAUCAUAAACUACCUCUUCUAUUUCAGCUCAUCAUUGAUUACUUGUCUGACUUCAGUUUUACGCCAGCAGUUUUUGAAAUGAUAACAGAGCAGCUGAAGAAAACAUACUUCAACAUCCUCAUCAAACCCGAGACUCUGGCCAAGGAUGUGCGUCUCCUGAUUUUAGAGCACGGCAGGUGGUCCAUGAUAGAUAAAUACCAGACGCUGAUGAACGGCCUUUCCAUUGAGUCUCUCUCGUCCUUUGUUAAGGCUUUUAAAUCACAGCUCUUUGUAGAGGGCCUCGUACAAGGGAACUUCACAAGCAGAGAAGCAAAGGAUUUUCUGAAUUACGUUGUUCAAAAGCUCCAGUUCGCUCCUCUGGCCCAUCCCUGCCCUGUUCAGUUCCGGGUGGUGGAUUUGCCAAAUACGCAUCUGCUCUGUAAGGUGAAAACUCUCAACAAAGGCGAUGCCAACUCUGAAGUGACAGUGUAUUACCAGUCAGGUGCCAGGAACCUAAGGGAAUAUACCCUUAUGGAGCUGCUUGUGAUGCACAUGGAAGAGCCUUGCUUUGACUUCCUGAGAACCAAGCAGACCCUUGGCUACCACGUGUACCCUACAUGCAGGAAUACUUCUGGGAUUCUUGGCUUCUCUGUCACAGUAGCAACCCAGGCAACUAAAUACAAUUCUGAAUUGGUUGACAAGAAGAUAGAGGAGUUCCUUGCUUGCUUUGAAGAGAAAAUCAAGCAUUUAACUGAAGAUGCUUUUAGCACCCAGGUUACAGCUUUGAUAAAACUUAAAGAAUGUGAAGACUCCCAUCUCGGAGAAGAAGUAGACAGGAACUGGAAUGAAGUUGUGACACAGCAGUAUCUCUUCGACAGGCUUGCCCGCGAGAUUGAAGCUCUGAAGUCUGUUACAAAAUCGGACCUGGUCACCUGGUUCCAAGCUCACAGAAGCAACAAGAAGAAAGUGCUCAGCGUGCACGUGGUUGGAUAUGGCAAACAUGAAGGGGACUCAGAGGUUACAGCUGUCUCAGAAGUACAGAAUUCUUCAUCUGGUGAAAUACCUCAUCUCAUUUUCUUGCCCCCAUCUUCUUUGAUGACUCAUGUUACUUCCAUCAAGGACAUCAAAGCUUACACAUCAACUCUGAAUGUUCUCCCCUACCAUAAAAUAUUAAAAUAAAAUUGACAUCUUGCCCUGCAGCGGUGUGUAAUACAGGUGCUUUCUGCAACAUAAAUGUUACAAACCUAUUUUUAUUAUUAAAAGGGGGCUGUAGUGUUAGCUGCGAUGAAGACGCCUGUUCAGAUACAGAGGAAGCUUUCCUAAAGUUUCCAGCCAACCUUUCUCAUUAAGAGCAGGCCCAGCCUGGCUUCUAGCUGGAAGGAAGGGAGAGUUCCCCCCCCACCGGGAAGAUGCCACGUUCUCCCCUCCUGAAGGGGCUGGAAGAAGGGGGGCUGCACCUUUCUGUUCAGGCUGUCUUCUGCUGUGCUGUGGCAGCCCCUUAACAGCAGUUACAGCUCCUCAAAGGAAGCUGUCUGCAGUUCUCCUGCAGGAGUUACAGAGCAGGUGGGAGGGGGAAAAAGCCUAAGGCUUCCAUCUGACACUGGUGCUUUUUUUUUUUUUUUUUUAGUUUUUCUGUAUGCGCAAUAUAGACAAAACUGAGAUGAAAUCAAAUAAAAGCCAGAUUUAACUGUGGAAAGAAAAAUAGGUUGAAUACUACCCUUAGCUACUUACUCAACCAUUAUUUAACUUCGAGCAGAACCACAGAAAUGCAGAGAUUCCUAAAGUGCUGGUGAGCCAGUAGAGACCAAGGCUGGCUGUAGAUUCCAGAAAACCUCUCCUGUGGGUGCUUGGAAAUUCUGCUCCUUUUGCUACUUCUGUAACUACUUGAAGAGGUAGGUUUAGCUGCAAGGAUUGGGGGGCUGGGGGGGAAAAACAAAAAACUAAUACGUUUCACAUAAAACAAUUGAUCAUCACUCAGCUGAAAACACAGUCUUGCUGCAAAGGUUUAUUAUGAAAUAAAUAAAAAGUCCAUAAGAGAAGUUUGAAAAAUCUAUUUUAUGAAGCUUUAAGAUGCAUUGAGUAGAAUUAUCUAUGGUUACAUUAUAAUCUCAAAAUAACAAAGUUAUUUUGGGCGAGAUGCUGAAAUGCCGAAAGAUUUGAUUAUCAUACAGGUGGAAGAUAACAUUUAUGUAGCGUUUUUCUAACAAAUUGUCCCAUCAAAGGAAUCCUCAUAUUUACACAUUGCCAACAUUCGCUAGAUUGAAAUGACGUCUUGCAUUUUCUUUCUUGGUUUGUUUUUUUUUUUUUUUUAAGUAUGCAGGACCCAGGACUAUUACACAACUGAUACCAAAUGCCAUGGCCUUCACAGUGGUUGUGCAAAGUGUACACGCUUCACGGCCCAGGUUCUCCCAUGCU